AUGAGUCAACUUCCUCUGGAAGACCAACUAAGGUCCAUGAUUCUGAAGAACGGUGGCCCUGCAGACGCCGUCCCACCCUCAUCCGAUGGCCAGCUUUCUGUUGAGCACUCUCCGCGCCAUCCGGGCCCGCAGCCGCGCGCCGGACGCUGUUCAAACCGGCCCCAGUCCCAGCAGCUCCCUCCACGGGACGCCGCCGCCAACCCAACUGGCUCGCCGCAUCAACACCGUCACAGCCCGCACCAUGGACGCGGCCAAACAGGCCCUGGGCGCCCGCACUUUGGUCACGGCUCUCCUCAGCAGCGCCAGAAUGGCUUUCCGUCGCCUCAUGCCAGCCCUGGCUAUGUCCCUCCGCACAUGCGCCACCGCAGCAGUGAGUGGCACCAGCAUAGAGGAGGCUUCCAUCAACCCAGGGCAUCCUGGCAACAGCAACAGCAGCAGGGUCCUCAUUUCAACCCUACAGCGCCAACCGUGCCUCCCAGCCAGGGCGGCUUUGGACCCCCACACGGCUACAGACAGGGCGCCCCGGGACCGCCCCCUUUCCAAAUUUUACAGAGGCCGAACCCGAGUGGACCCAUGAACGCUCCCUUCCGCCCUGGUCCUCCGCUCAAUCCGAAUCAGCGCUAUCAGCAGCAUCAGCAGCAGUUCCAAGAACGACUCCAGGCCCAAUGCAGGUAUCUGGGCAGCCUUGCUGCGGUUGAAAUCCCCAAGGUAGCCAUGACUGAGGACGAGCUGAAGGAGAAGGACGACUUCAUCAUGAGGCUGCAAGAGAUAUGCCAAAACGAGAUCGCUGCUUUCCCCGAAGUUCCAAGCAUUGAGUUCAAGUGUUUUGGCAGCAUAGGAACCGGCUUCGCUACCAAAGGAUCCGACAUUGAUCUGGCUGUGAUUACGAAGAAUGACGACGAUACGGAACUGGCGCAGAAAUUCGGACCCCGCGCUCUGGAGAAGAUAUUCCUCGACCACGGCUUUGGUGCCCGCCUCCUCACGAACACGCGCGUUCCUAUCAUCAAAUUUUGUGAGAAGCCGUCUGCAGAAUUGCAUGCGAACCUACAGGCAGAACGCAAGAAGUGGGAUGAUCUGCCCGAGGAGAAAAAGAGAAUUCUACUGGAAGGCGGCAGAAAGUCUCCCGAUGACGACAAGCCUGCCGAGGUCGCCGAUGAUCCAGAGGGGGUAGAUGGUGCGGUUGGCGACGAGUUGCCGACAUCGAAGGACAAUAACGCCCCCGAGCCUGAUAAGAAGGCAGCACCGAGGCGAAAGAAAAACGGAGGCUCUGCUGCGACAUCAUCGACCAAGGGUGCUGGCGAUGGUACUGCGCCUAAGGAAGAGCCCAUAGCCAACAGUGAUAUUGCCGCUCCACAGCCAGGUCCUAACGGCCAAGACCCAGGCGCUGAAGGAGAGCAACAAAAGCGCGAACCCCGUCCUGAGAAACCAUGGCUGCGUGAAAAACCAAUGGGACCACUUGAUUUCCCCAAGGACGGCGUUGGAAUCCAGUGCGACCUGAACUUCGCUGGUCAUCUGGGUAUCUACAAUACGAGGCUACUCUACUGCUAUGCAAUCAGCGAUCAGCGCAUCCGAGACAUGGUAAUCUUCGUCAAGGCCUGGGCUAAGACACGUAAGAUCAAUAGCUCCUACAACGGCACCCUGUCGUCUUACGGUUACGCCCUAAUGGUCUUGCACUACCUCAUUCGUAUCCCUGAGGAGCCCAUUACACCCGAUCUGCAACUUCUGAGCAACUCCACUUUGAAAGACCGGUCUCCGAAGCUAGUAGACGUCAUAUGCAACGGACAUGUGGUGAAGUUCCUUGCGGAUAAAGAGCUCAUCCUUGAAAAGGCUCGUAACGGACAGUGGACCCAGAACAAGGACUCGUUGGGCUCCCUAUUGAGAGGUUUCUUCCGAUACUACGGAUGCCCUGGAGUUCCAGAUCGCAUCGGAGGCUUCCACUGGACGCGCGACGUGAUCACGUUCGGUCAGCGGAAGCCUACCGAAAGAAUGGUCACCAAAGAGGAACUUGGCUGGACGAAGGCGCGUGUAGAAAAGGCCAGCAAAAAAGAAGUUCGCCACCGCUACCUCGUCUGCAUCCAGGACCCCUUCGAACACGACCACAAUGUCGGCCGCACGGUCAAUCAUCAAGGUAUCUGCGCCAUCCGCGAAGAGUUCCGCCGCGCGUGGCGUAUCCUCGAUGACGAGGCCAACGGGCGCCCGCACAAGGACCUCUUCGCGACCGUUGAUGACGAUCCCCCACCCCCGCAGUUCGUCGGCGGCCAGCAGCACAGGCAGACGCCGAGCACCGCCGUCGCCACCAUUGCAGUCGAUGGCAAGGCGACUGACGGGAAUCAGCCGCGGAGCGACGGUGUGCAUCUCCCUUCGCCAACAACGGUCGGUACUGCUGUUCCCGCUGUCGGUGGCGCCGCGCCAACCACCCAGAAAGGCAUCGUCUCGACUGUCGACGGCGCCAGACGGCCUUCUGCCGCCGCGAACGGCUUCGGGGCGGAGGCGAUCGCCAAAGUGAAUGGGAUGCUGGCCGAGGCGGCUGCGAAGAGGGGAACUUCGGAUUAG